AUGGCGGCCGAUCGGAAAUCCAGGGAAAAGGAGAAGACAGGCUUCUGGAGGAGUCUUUUCCGAAGCAAAGGCGCGUCACAGCCUACAAAGUCGCCAAAAAAGUCUAAAAAUGCGAGUAACGGAGAUGCUGUCCUCCGCAGGCGGAGGGCAGAUGCCGGUGUUAGUCGCGAUCCAGGCCGACCCCGCCGGCGGCCCCGCCCAGCCGAACCUUCCAAAUCCUCGCUAAAGUCCAAGGGCAAGGGUCGGGAGGAUCUACGCGAACAGGCCUAUGCACCCUUAACCGAGUGGCCUCCCCCGGGCUUCUCCCGUCAGGACGAUCUAACUAUGAGACACGCCGAGGCCCUAAUCUGCCGAGGCGCUCCCAUCCAUAUUGGACACCUGAGAAACAUCCCCCACGCCCCCGACCACUACUAUGCCCUUUACGCGACGACGUCCUCUGAUACUAGGGAUAGUGAGGAGGGCGACGCCGUGAGCCUCCACGGCAUCAUGGCCGAGCUCAUGACCAUGCGCUUAACGGGCCGUAGUCCGGCUCGUCUGCCUUGGGAAACCUUGGAGCAACCGAGCUGCGCCUUUAGCUUUGGAAAGUCUCCGGGAACUGUGACCUUGAACCAGUGGGUCUCUUUAUCCAGUGCUCUUCCUCACGCUAUCCCUUUACGUGACCCAGGUGUGCCGUCAUUAAGAGAGGUCGACCUUACAAGAAUUUUUAAACGGCUUAAGGAGAUUGAGAUGGGCGUCGAGGAUGACGACCACUCCAUGUACCGAAGCCUUUACAAACACUUCUUGCGAGACGCCGACAAACUAUUUAGCCUCCAUAAGACGCUCGAUAGGCAGAUUACCGACCUUAUCCAAGUUCUAUCCAAACCCGAGUGGAUAGACUUUACCAACCCUAAGAACCAGGUCGUUACUCGUUUUAUAUUCGACGCCGGCUAUCCGAACUACGACUUGUACCAGACCUUCUUCCAUCAGCUGUUGCUGAGUCUCGAGCUCGACCUACGCAUCAACUCAAGAAGGCAUAGCGACUGGGCAAAGGAACGACUACUUUCGCAAAUCCCGCCCAGUAUUCUGUGGAAUGUUGCCCUUGCUAGACGGUGGCUUAAGUUCAUCCGGAUAGAAGGCUACGGUCCCACCGCUGACCAUAUUAAACUGCGAUACAGGCUAAGGAAACGCCAGGUUAAGAUCCUGGAAAAGUUUGCCAGGAUCAUGAAAUGGCCAAACCUCGACGAAACCCUUUCCAAACUCCGUCAAAAGAACACGGAUUCUGCCUUGGAUUUCGUCAGCUCAGAUGCCAUGGCUUUCUUUAGCGGUCUCGUGCUUCCCGGACCUACAUUCCCAUUCCUUAUUAUGAACACACUGAUAGACAUGGACCCGGACAAGGCGACCGACGAACUCGCCUUGCUUACGCACCUCUACCCUAGCUGUGGAUUCCAGUAUCGCAAUAGCUACACGUACUGGACCGCUACAUGCAUUGUUGGAAAGGUCCUGGCGCCGACCUGCAAGCUCGCCGCUGGCUGGGUCGGUCCUGGCCGUCCAACCGCUGACCUCGCGCGCACUCAGAUUGCCCGUAUCCGAUCGCGCCAACCACGACAGCACCUGACGCCAGAAGACGUCACCUCCAUGGCUGAGCGAUCCGACCCACUAGGCCCGCCCGCCGAUCUCAUUCCCGUCAGCGAGUAUAAGCUCAUUCUACCAGAUCCAGACGACAUCGUCGAUACCGUGCGAAUCGAGCGACUUAGUUUCCAGCCUAUCCCAACCCGCUUUGAGGAUGCCGGCCCUCAGUGGUACGAUGCUAUGAUCCAGUUUGCCAUUGACGGCGUGUCGUGGCCUCUGCGUCUUGCGUACGACGUGUCAUUCGUGUCGGCGUGGCCGUGUAUUAACGGGCCCCACCCACUUUUCUUCGACUACGCGUACUCCAUCGUCCGGGCCGAUCAGAUUGUUAAUGUUCACGACUGGGGAGGCCUCUACGGUAUCUCGAGCCCCAACGGAGCCGACUUGAGGGCGCCGGACGGGCACAGUUACCCCCGAGAAAUCGAUGACGAAGAACGGGUCCUAGUAAUCGAGGCUUUUGGAGUGCGAGAUAAUGAGGUGUUGGCGAGGGCAUGGUGUGCCCACUGGGGCCUCAGUGCAGUUGUUGCUGAUGUGAGAAAGACCUGUGUGGCCUGCGCAAUCCGUGAGGCGUAUGCCGCCACACUGACUGUUGUCAUCCUUGUUGAUGACCAACAAUAUUUAAAUGAGGAUGACUGA